AUGCUCGACCAUAAAGAUCCGCGGAGUGCCGUCAACGUGCCUUCUGGAGGCCCAGACAAAGACGAAGCAGACUUGGAGGGUCCAAAGGCGCCUCAAGAUCCUGAUGAAGUGCCCAACUAUUAUCUGACCGGCUCAAAAUUAUAUCUCAUCUUGGGUGGCAUUGGCUUGACCGUCUACCUCUUCGCUCUUGAUGUCUCUGUGAUAGCUACAGCAAUCCCUGCCAUCACCACCCAAUUCAAUGCCACAACAGAUAUCGGUUGGUAUGCUGCAGCUUACCCUCUCUGUCUCUGCUCGCUGCAGCCUAUGUCCGGGAAGAUUUACACCUACUUCUCGCUCAAAUGGAGUUAUUUCGUCUUCGUCGGCAUUUUUCUGCUGGGAUCCUUACUAUGUGCUGUAUCUCAAAACUCCAAUAUGUUCAUCACCGCCCGAGCGAUCACUGGAGUCGGAGCUUCUGGGAUCUUCUCGGGAGCACUAUCAAUCCUCGCUGUAGUGACACCCCUAUCCAAACGAGCUCUCUAUACUGCAUGUUUGACAGGUGUCUUCGGAAUCGCCACUGUCACCGGACCAAUCAUAGGAGGAGCUCUGACGACGAAAGUCUCGUGGAGAUGGUGCUUCUACAUCAACCUGCCUGUCGGGGCCUUCACCUUGGUUGCCUUAGGUCUGUUCUUCAAACCUCCGAUCCGAGAAACCGACAAAGGUACUUUGCGGGAGAAGAUCGAGAAGAUCGACGUAAUCGGCUGCGCGCUCUUUAUCCCUACGAUUGUCAUGGUUCUUCUGGCGCUGCAAUGGGGUGGUCACCAGUAUGCCUGGAAGUCGGCUACGGUUAUUGGACUUUUUUGUGGAGCUGCCGUUCUGGCUGCCAUCUUUCUUACAUGGGAGUUCAAGAGAGGAGAUGACGCUAUGAUCCCAUUUUCUGUCGUCCUGCAAAGAUCCAUCCUUUUAAGUUGCCUCUUCAGCGCGUGCAUGUUCGGCGCCUACAUGAUCAACAUCUACUACAUGCCAGAAUGGUUUCAGGUGAUCAAGGGGGCCUCUCCGCUUCAUAGCGGUGUUAUGACACUGCCUGCCGUUGGGUCUCAAGUUGCAUCCGCGAUCAUAUCAGGGUUGAUCGGAAGCCGCACAGGGUACUAUAACCCAUGGUUUUUCGUCGGCAUUGGCUCUAUGAGUAUCGCGUCGGGCCUAUACACCACCCUGACUACCUCAACCGGCCAUGCGAAAUGGAUAACCUUCCUCGUCUUCCAAGGCCUAGGCGGCAGCUCUUUUCAGAGCCCUCUCCUAGCCGUACAAGCCACGCUAGCAUCACGACCUCGCCUCAUCCCCGUCGGUCUCGCGUGCAGCGCAUUUUUCCAGUACUUCGGCGCCUCGGUCUUCCAGAGCAUCGCACUGGCAAUCUUUCAGAACCAACUUGUCAAGUCACUCAAAUCGCGUGCCGGGCUUGACCAGGCGCAAGUGCAGUUGAUUCUGGAUGCUGGAUCUGGAAACGCCAGGAAAGUCACGUUGGACUCGUUUCCGAAUAAGCUGAGUUCAGUGCUGUGGGCGUACAAUAAGGCCAUAACGAAUGUGUUCUACGCCUCUUUGGCUGCAUGCAUUCUCGGGUUCUUCAUUGCCACUGGCGUCGAAUGGAAGAACACGAAAGCAAAACCUGCAUCUGCUCCCAAGAGCCAGACAGAAAGCGAGAUCCCAGUCACAGAUGAGGCGAGGGAAACGGAUCUGAUUACUCCUGCUCGAAGUGAGAAAGACGAGGAAUCUCUCUCUUCCUGA